AUAUAAAUAACAUAUCAAAUAAUACACAAACUUUCGAUUUAAGUUCUUGGACUCAUUGGUCCAUGAAAUGAGAUGGGAUGAGAGGUGCAAGUUGUAAAUGGUGUUAUCCAUUACUAAGUCUACCACCAUGUUCUCUAUUUCUCCAAUGGCAUCCAAGCUUCUCAACUUUCAAUCUUUUUCGCUUCAAAAUCAUCAUGCCUUUACUGUUCCUGUUCCUUCAAAGCUACCUACAAAUCCAAAUUCAGCAAUUUGUUUUUCUGUUUCGGGUGAUGCCAAUGCUUCUCUUCAAUCUGACGUGCCUUUCCCUCUUGAUUACUCCCACCUUCUUCAACAAGCUAAAGUUGCAGUGGAUUUGGCCAUGAAGGAUAACAAACAGCUAAUGGAGAUUGAGUUUCCCACAGCUGGACUUGCAUCCGUACCAGGUGAUGGAGAAGGUGGAAUUGAGAUGACAGGAAGCAUGCAAUUGAUUCGUGAAUUUUGCGACAUCUUCAUUUCUUCAGAGAAAACGACUCGAACUAGAAUAUUUUUUCCAGAAGCUAGUGAAGUUGACUUUGCAAGACAAUCCGUCUUCAGUGGAGCUUCUUUUAAGUUGGACUAUCUGACAAAGCCUUCAUUUUUUGAAGAUUUUGGUUUUGUUAAGAAAGUAAAAAUGUCAGACAGAGUGAAGGAAGGAGAUGAACUUUUCUUAGUCGCCUACCCGUAUUUCAAUGUCAAUGAAAUGCUUGUUGUGGAAGAACUUUACAAAGAAGCUGUCUUGAACACUGAUCGGAAACUGAUAAUUUUCAACGGAGAACUCGACCGUAUCAGAUCUGGGUUUAUAUCCUUGAAUGUAUCAAGAUUAUCCACCAUUCUUUUAUCCAAAGCUUGCUGGACUUACAAAGUCAUUUCUACCUGGGAUGGAAACUGUGUAUUACAUUCAUAAUUUCAAGGGUCGCAAUGGAGGAGUCCUUUUCAGGUGCUAUCCAGGACCGUGGAAGGUCCUGAGAAGAGUAGGGAAUAGUAAAUACGUUUGUCUACAUCAGCAAGAUACUAUGCCAUCCCUUAAAGAAGUUGCACUUGACAUUCUUCCAUCAACUUGAAUGGUGUUUAUACUUUUAAUAGAUACCAUUUACCAAGUUGUUGCUGUACAGUUUACAAAUUCAUCUAAGCAAUACAAGUUUUCAAUAGAA